CUGUCUUUGCCUCAGUCUCCUGAUAACCAACCAGGACGAGGAAGGAGGAGGCGUCAGCAACGGCAUUUCCUCGUUGUAUUAAUUCACCUUCACGUCAGCUGGUAGCAGAGUCUUCCACAAAUAGUGAGGGUUGUAUUAGUCUCUUGUGCGACUCCAGGACGAGUGCAUCAUGGUGAGUGAGGCUGUGGCGGUGGGAGUAAGGGAGUGCGGCAGGUACUCCCUUCCGAGGUGCGUACGAGGUGGUAUCUGUUGGUUCAAGGGAUGCAGGGGUCGAAAUCUAGCAGCCACUGCAGUACUGGUCGUAGGAGUUACCAUCCUCCACCGCUACUUCGCCAACAAGAGAAGGAAGAAGUGGGCUGCUGUGGGUAAGGACGUGGUGGUGGUUCACGCUCUCCCGAAGGGACGGCUCACUCCUAACAUCUCUCCCUUCGUCAUGAAGCUGGAGACUUAUCUCAGACUCGCCAGCAUCCCCUACGAGGUGGAUUACGUAGAGCCUCUGGGCCCCAAAGGACAAUGCCCCUGGGUGACCUUCAACGGGCAAGAGCUGGCAGAUUCGCAGCUGGUGAUUGAGCACCUCGGUCACCACUUCGGCAAGGUCUUCGAGGGUAAACUCCCGCAAGAGCAGCAGGCGGUGGCGAGGGCGCUGCGCAUCAUGAUCACUGAACACAUGGCUUG